AUGGCACUAAUUGUAGAUCAGCAAGCAGGGUUCAAACAUUAUUGCAAGAUUUGCAAGAAGGGGUUUGGAUGUGGGAGAGCCCUUGGGGGCCACAUGAGAGCUCAUGGUAUAGGCGACGAUACUGCGAACCAAAUGGAAGAGGAAGACCCCACCAGUGAUUGUGAAGACAAAUUACCAAUUGGUAGUAACAAUGUGGCCCCCACAAUUAAGAGAAUGUAUGAACUAAGAACAAACCCUAAUCGCCUAAAGACCACUCGUGCAUGUGAGAAUUGUGGCAAAGAGUUCUUCUCUUGGAAAUCAUUCCUUGAGCAUGAAAAUGGAAAAUGCACUUCUAAUGAUGUUGACUCCCAAGAAGGUGAAGAAUAUGGCCCCACGAUGAGGGGAAGCAGCAGUGGUGGUUGGUAUAAAAGGAAGAGGUCUUUUAGGGCUAAGGUUGAAAUUGGUAAUAGCAAUUAUAAUACAUCAAACGAGGAGGAGGAUCUAGCCAAAUGCCUCAUGAUGUUAUCCAAUGCUACAACCACAAUGGAAAAUUCUCCUUUGGUGGUCGAGCCAGAGGAGUCUUGUGCUUCAGCUAGUAAAGACGAGGAUCGAAGAAAUUCAACCAACUUCAUAACACCGGACACUAACAUCACGUACCAUCCCACGAUCGUACAAACCGUUGAUAAGGCCAAAGGUACCACCGUAAGCAAAGGAAUGUUUGAGUGUAAGGCUUGCAAGAAAGUGUUCAACUCACACCAAGCGCUUGGAGGGCAUAGGGCUAGUCACAAGAAAGUGAAAGGUUGUUUCGCUGCCAGGUUGGAUCACAACAACCAAGCUUCUAUCGUUGAUGAUAUCAUGGUUGAUGAUGAUGUUGUCACCACACAACAUGAUGACACAUUCAUGAAAGUGCCAUCUUCGAGCUUCCAGUUCGACCACGGCUCCCAAACUAUUGCUUCACCCUCCAAGAGGAAAUCUAAAGUUCAUGAGUGCUCCAUCUGCCAUCGGGUGUUCUCUUCUGGCCAAGCAUUGGGUGGUCACAAACGUUGUCAUUGGAUCACGUCCAAUUCGCCCACAGCCGAUGCCUCCUCUUUGGCUGCAAAGUUUCACCAAUUUCAAGACCAUAUAGAGCAAAUUCAACAUAGACCUCCCAAGUUUAUCAGUACGAGUAGUAACUCUGACUCGUUGGAUCUCACACUUGAUCUUAACCUUCCAAUGGCUUCUGCAGUGGUCGUCGACCAUCCAAACCAAGCUAGGAAAGACCAUCUUCGUCAUCCUCCUCCUCCUAGUGGCUUUGCUUUGGCCACUGGGGUUUACUUACAACCUUGGAUGGGUAAAGGAAAAAAGUUGAACCAUAAUGACGAGGAGAGAAUCAAGAAGAGUCCUAACAAAAACAAUGAAAAUGCCAAUGAUUCUGCGACGAUGCAGAAGGUGGAUGACAUAGCAGACAGUAAAGUGAAAUUAGCAAAGCUUAGUGAACUUAAGGACAUACGUAUCAAUGGGAAUUCAUCGCCAUGGUUACAGGUGGGAAUCGGUUCCACCGCCAAUGUGGGUGUAGACCAUUGA